AUGAUUGAUGAAAACCUCCCAACGUUCUUCUUGAAGAACAAUUCGCAGACUCCACAGCAAAGCAAUAUAUACUCUCGUCAUAAUGGAAAUGAUCCCGAGCCUGCCUACAACCUCAAGUUCCUCGAUCCCACCGCGCCCUCCUCCCAGAAUCGUUAUGGCGUCGCCCUCUGCGAUCCGUAUGUCACCGACAUUAUCUACGGCGAAGUUGCUGUGAUCCCUGAGUGGACACAACCCAGCUUGUCGGCAGAAGCUGUUCGUAAUAAUGGCGGAGCUGCGCCUCCUCCGGAACCCAUUCUCCCUACCGAAUUUUCUAUUCACCUCUACAAUCCCGACCAGGAGAUCGUGGUCCGCCACCAACCCAAAGCCUGGAAUAAACCAGCACGAUGGGAGUUUGAGAUGCCCCAGCGCUCUUUCAGAGUACCGUCGGCUUCAAGGUUAGAUCGAACGCAGAGUGACCCUGCAGUAGCAGAUAUUACCCCGAGAUUGUGUUUCAGCUGGAGGAAGGAUGGCAAACUUUCCAAGGAUCUGUCAUGUCUGCUACAUGGCAAGACCACCUCCACGGUCGCCGAACAAAAGACCAAAAACCGCGAGCCGGAUAUCACUGUGGCCAUGUUUCAGGGUCUCAAAGAACUCACAUUAUACGAACCCAAUCUAUACCGCGUUGAGAUGGAGGAUUUCAAAGGCUUGGAAGUCGUGCUACUACUCGCGGCUGUUGCAAUCCGUGAUAUAUUCUUUGGUCUCGCCAAGGAAGCCUUCCAUAUUUCUACAGGUGGACCGACCGUAGCGAACGGCAAGCCUCAAGCAGGUGCAGUAGGCCGAAAAAGCCCGAAAGCCCAGGCCGCAGGCGCCGUUCCUGGACGUCCCCCUCUAGGCGGCCGAAACUCCAUAUCCAACCCGACAUCUCCAGGCCCCCAGGCACGGAGACGGCAGGACGAAGUCGCAGAACAAGAGGAGCGACGUACCCAGGAACUUCUCGUGACUGAAAAGCGGCAACAGGAACAAGCACGGCGUCGCAAAGAAGCGGAGGUUGAUAGCGAAACUAAGCGUUUACAACAAAUAUAUGGACAAGAGGAACAACAAGCUCGAAUGCAACGUCCUUCUUCCGCCGCCGCCUCCAGACCAAACCUUCCCGUCCGCCACAGUGGCCCCUCAAGACCCUACAACUCACACCAAUACUCCCAAUCCCAAUCGGUUAUCUCUCAACCUCCACAACAGCCUCCUCGCCCUUCAUACCCUCCCCGACCCCAGUCUUACUAUCCCCAAGGCCGCCCUGUUCCUCCCCCCUCCAACGGUCCAUACCUUUACGCUCAACCUUCUGGCCGUCCCGAUCCCCGAAUCCAAUCUACCGCUAGUUUUGGACCUGGUCGGCCUCCACAGCCUCGUCCUCAAUCUACAGUUGGGUUUGUCCCUGCUGUCAGUGGGGCUUUACAACCUGGUCAGGAACCAGCUCGUCCUCAACAAUUACAACCAAAGAAAAGUAGCUUCUUCGGAUUCAGGCGCAAGGAGGAAGGAAGCGCACCUAACAAGCUUGAUAAAAAGCGAAGUUCUAUGUUUUGA